ACCAUGGCGCAGAGCGGUAACAAUAAUGCCCAAACGAUCCCGGUGAACGUUGGGGUGGUUCUUGAUCUGGAGACGUGGGUGGGUCAGAUGGGAUUGAGCUGCAUUAACAUUUCUCUCUCUGACUUCUAUACUUCAAACCCUUCCUACAAGACUAGGCUCGUCCUCAAUGUAAGAGAUUCCAAAGGAGAUGAGGUUGCUGCUGCUGCCGCAGCACUUGAUCUAAUAAAGAAUAAGCAAGUCCAAGCCAUAAUAGGACCUCAAGGUUCAUUGCAAGCAAACUUCAUCAUUCACCUUGGAAAAAAAUCUCAUUUGCCGAUCAUCUCUUUUUCUGCUACUGGUCCUUCCCUCAGUUCCAUUCGGAGUCCUUACUUCAUUCGAGCUGCGCAAAAUGACUCAUCCCAAGUGAAUGCCAUAAGCGCAGUCGUGCAAGCUUUUGGCUGA